GCAAAGGACUCUGUGGGCUGAACAUACAGGGUAACGAGGCGCCGGGUCUGCAGGAGAUGCUCAGGCGGUGGCGUUGGAGGGCGGACCUCUCCUCAGUGCCCAGCCUCAGUCUGUCUCAGGCUCCGCCCCGCGACCCGCGGGCCCCGCUGCGCUCGCAGCGCCCGCUGUGCCAAUCCCGGGCCCCGCACCUGCGAAAAGGCGCCGCGCCGCCCCGCCCACAGCAGCGUCCGAAGCGUCCCUACGGCGUCGGUCCGCGCGGUGGGAGCGGAAGCUGCGUCUAGUCUACCAAGUGCCGAGGGCGGCUGGGGGUGCUGAGGGCCACUGAUUAAUCAGCCGGGCCCCGAGACCCUCGAUCCCGCCGGGUGGCCUUGCGGAGGGAGGCGGCGGCGGGGUCCGCGCUCCCAGCCGGUGUGGUGCUGCCUCCGCUUCCUGGCCGACCACAUCAGAAAGGAUGGUGACACUGAAACUGAAGGAGAAAUUUAUAAUUCCUUAGUGCAAUAUUUUGGUGAUAAUUUGGGGCAAAAAGUUAAAGCAAUGCCAUUAGCUGAAGAAACUUCUUUACUUGAAGAUUCAUCAGUGACUUUGCCUGUGGUAGUAAUUGGAAAUGGACCCUCAGGGAUCUGCCUUUCUUAUAUGUUAUCAGGCUACAGACCAUAUUUAUCAUCAGAAGCAAUACAUCCAAAUACAGUUUUACAUGGUAAAUUACAAGAAGCAAGACAUCUGUCCAUUGUAGAUCAGGACUUAGAAUACUUGUCUGAAGGUCUUGAGGGCCGAUCAUCCAAUCCAGUUGCAGUACUUUUUGACACACUUCUUCAUCCAGAUGCUGACUUUGGGUAUGACUAUCCAUCUGUUUUGCAUUGGAAAUUGGAGCAACAUCAUUAUAUCCCUCACUUAGUACUUGGUAAAGGUCCACCUGGUGGAGCUUGGCAUAGUAUGGAAGGCUCCAUGUUGACAAUCAGCUUUGGAAAUUGGAUGGAGCUACCUGGGCUUAAAUUUAAAGAUUGGGUAACCAGCAAACGAAGAAACCUAAAAGGGGAUCGAGUUAUGCCAGAGGAAGUAGCUUGCUACUAUAAGCACUAUGUAAAAGUCAUGGGUCUUGAGAAGAAUUUCAGAGAGAAUACUUACAUUACCUCUGUGUCAAGACUCUACAGAGAUCAGGAUGACAAUGGUGGUCACAACAGAGCUAUUUCAGCACAGCAUUUACAGAUCGAGAACUCCAAGUUGAUCAAGAGAAACUGGGAGAUCCAGGGUUAUCAGCGAAUAGCAGAUGGUUCUCAUGUUCCCUUCUGUCUCUUUGCUGAGAAUGUAGCUCUGGCAACUGGAACAUUGGAUUCUCCUGCCCACCUGGAGAUUGAAGGGGAAGAUUUUCCUUUUGUGUUUCAUUCAGUGCCUGAAUUUGGAGCAGCUGUAAGCAAAGGAAAGCUACAUGGCAAAGAGGACCCAGUGUUAAUUGUAGGUUCUGGACUUACUGCAGCUGAUGCAGUACUGUGUGCUUACAACAAUAACAUCCCUGUGAUUCAUGUGUUUCGCAGACGAGUAACUGAUCCAAGUUUAAUUUUCAAACAGCUUCCUAAAAAGCUGUAUCCAGAAUACCAUAAGGUCUAUCAUAUGAUGUGUACUCAGUCAUAUUCUGCAGCUGACUCUGCAGACUCAGAUCUUUUAUCUGACUAUACCAGUUUUCCUGAGCACCAAGUGCUCUCCUUUAAGUCAAAUAUGAAAUGCAUCGUUCAAAACAUCUCUGGAUUGAAGAAAAUAUUUAAACUUUCUGCAGCAGCAGUAUUGAUAGGUUCUCAUCCUAAUCUGUCUUUUCUGAAGGAGCAAGGCUGUUACCUGGGCCAUAACUCAAGUCAGCCAAUCACUUGUAAGGGUAAUCCUGUGGAAAUAGAUGCAUUUACCUAUGAAUGUGUUAAAGAAACCCACCUUUUUGCAUUGGGUCCUUUAGUCGGAGAUAAUUUUGUUCGAUUUUUAAAGGGAGGGGCCCUGGGUGUUACACGCUGCUUAACAAUAAGACAGAAGAAAAAACAGCAUUUAUUUGUUGAAAGAGGAGGAGGAGAUGGAAUAGCUUAAAGCAGGUUUAUGAGUAAAUUUAUAUGGACAGUUUACCAUUAAAGUUUUUAACAGUG